AUGGCAGCCAUGGUCCUGGUUCAACUUAUUCAUGCCCCAACUCACACGGGAGGCUACACAUUGGAUCUGAUGUUUGCCUUGGGGCAGUGGUGUUGUGAUCUGGUUUUGGGGGGUGUUAACGUCAGUCCCCUGCCAUGGACAGACCAGUCCCUGUUGGCUCUAGAGUUCUCAGCAGUUGCCCCUCACCACAGGAAAGUGGGGCCUAUUAAAUCAGCCUGCCUUAGGUGCCUGAUGGACCCAGUGUGGUUUCAAAGGGAACUUGGGGUUUUUCCUGAAGCUCUGACAUGCAGUUCGGCAGAUGCCCUCAUUGUUGCUUGGAAUGAGAAGGUGACAGGGGCGUUGAACCAAAUUGUGCCUGUGCACACUCUCUGUGUAUAUGGAUCUCAUAGAGCGCCUUGGUUGAUCAAACAGCUCAGAGAGAUGAAGCAACACAAGAGACGCCUAGAGCACUGCCGGAGGAAGACCAAGAGUAAAGCCGACAAAGCAGAGGUAAAAGCCUAUAUUAGGACUAAUGUGGUGAUAAGGGCGGCAAAGCUCUGUGGGCUUCGACAUAACAGAUCAUCAGGAACAUCAAGAAUAACUGGAGGAGUAUCAUCUGGGGAUUGGCCAUGGCAAGCCAGUCUCCAACGAAACAACAUCCAUCGUUGUGGUGCAACAUUGAUCAGCAACACAUGGCUCCUGUCUGCAGCACACUGUUUUAGAGAAGCAAAAAAUCCACAUAAAUGGACAGUUAGCUUUGGAACCUAUUUAAGGCCUCCUCUAAUGAUACGGCUUGUCAAAACAAUUAUAAUUCAUGAAAAAUAUAAGCAUCUAGACCAUGAACAUGAUAUUGCUGUUCUGCAGUUGACUAAAAGUGUAGAGUUUACAAGUGCAAUUCAUCGAGUUUGUCUCCCAGAUUCAAGUGAAAAGAUUCCAUAUAAUAUUGAUGCUGUGGUUACAGGAUGGGGAGCACUUAGUAAUGAUGGUGAAACCCCUAAUGUCCUUCAGGAAGCAACAGUAAAGCUCAUAGACUCCAGAGUUUGUAAUAGAAGGGAAGUAUAUAAUGGGGCCAUAAAACCUGGAAUGAUAUGUGCCGGAUACCUUGAAGGGGGAAUUGAUUCCUGCCAGGGUGACUCCGGUGGUCCACUGAUGACGUUUGAUUCAAGAAAAAUGUGGUACCUUGUUGGCAUAGUGAGCUGGGGGGAUGAAUGUGCAAAACCAAAUAAGCCUGGCGUUUAUACACGAGUGACUUACUAUCGAGACUGGAUUACUAAAUAUACUGGGCUUUGA